AGCGGUAAUUUGUUCCAAUAUUCUUAAAUAUAAACAAUAUAAACAUUGACCAUCGUUGAAGAAGUGUCUUUGAAAAUGCCUGAAGAUAAGAAUUUAGUCCAAUGCUACAACCGUGGUUGUGGCCAACAAUUUGACCCAAAUCAUAAUGAUAAAGAUGAUUGCCAUCAUCAUCCAGGAGCUCCCGUGUUCCACGAUGCCUAUAAAGGAUGGUCAUGCUGUAACAAAAAGAGUGUGGACUUCACUGAAUUCCUCAACAUAAAAGGUUGCACUGUAUCGAAACACUCUAAUGUGAAACCACCAGAACCAGAAAAGAAGGCUCUUGAUAAGGAGCUUGAGAAAAAGGAUGUGAUAGAAGUGAGAGCCCCAAUAGUGGGGCCACAACUGACCCGGCCACCUUUUGACACUCCUAUGGUGGCACUCGAAGCCCGUAUUGCUGAUUCACUCAAACAGCUUGUCCAGAAUUCACAAAAACCAGUAGCUGCAGCUGAUGACGGAAAUGUUACUGUAGGCACCAGUUGCAAGAAUGGUGGCUGUUCAACAUCAUACGAAGGUCCCCAAACAAAUGACACAAUCUGCACUUACCAUCCAGGCUGUCCUGUAUUCCACGAGGGCCUGAAGUUCUGGUCAUGUUGCCAGAAGAGGACAACUGACUUCAAUGUUUUCUUGAGUCAGCCGGGCUGCACUACAGGCUCUCAUAAAUGGACUAAAGAAGGCCCUGCAGCCGGUACAGUGAAAUGUCGCUGGGACUGGCACCAGACGCCCGACUAUGUCAUCGUCAGCGUGUACGCUAAGAAGUACGACCCCACACUGAGCUUCGUGAAGCUGAACCCCAUCAGGCUGAACACCAAACUGGUGUUCAGGGAGGAGGGUGAUGCCGUAUUUGAAUUGGACCUUGAACUUCGUGGUGUUAUAAGCAUUGAAAACAGUAGUGCAUCAAUGCUGCCUUCUAAAGUAGAAAUCAAGUUGAAGAAAGCAGAACCCGGUGCCUGGGCCAAACUGGAUUUUCCCAGAGCAGAACCAAAGAAGGAGCAGCCCAAACCACAGGAACAAAUACCAGUAGAAGACGACUCUGUUGACCUAUCUACUGUAGAAGCUAUAAGGUCUAUUGGACAAGUAAAUAUGUCAGAGUAAAGUA